UGUCUUUAUAUACGGACACCAAAUCAACCAGCUUCCUCCUCCUCCUUCCUUCUUCCUCUUUCUCCUAUCUGAGCUGAAUCUUAAAUUUGAUUCUGCAGUCCACUCUCUUCCUUUUAUUCUAAAGCUUUCGUUCUUUCAAAAUUAGUAUAAGCAAUGGCUUCGUAUUACUCUGCGUUUUUCGGCAGUGAAGAGCCACACUUUCUGGAAUCAUGCUCUCUUUGCAGUAAACACCUUGGUCCUAACUCCGACAUCUUCAUGUACAGAGGAGACACGGCGUUUUGUAGCAAUGAGUGUAGAGAAGAACAGAUUGAAUCUGAUGAAGCCAAGGAGAGACGCUGGAAACUGUCUGCUAGAUCUCUCCGUAAAAAAUCUUCUGAAGCUGCAAAAGAUUCGGCCGCCGGAAAAAACGUACGGACAGGAACACUCGUGGUCGCGUAGUGGAAUUUGUAUUACAAUAAGAAAACCAAAGCAUGUAGCUUUUGUGUAUACCCUUUUUGUCUAAAAGCUAUAUAUAUAUAUUAAAUAUUACUCUCUUUUAAGAAAAA